ACUCCACCAACAGUCUCUCUCUUUGAAAACAUUCUCUUCCUCUAACAGUGUCUCCCUUUUUUAGCUGACGAUUGAUGCGGGAAAGACAAAUUAGGUAUCCAAAACUAGAUUGACAUAGUGAAGAUGUUUUAUUAAGCAAAUCCUAUCUCUUAAUGGACUGCCAAGAGAUAAAGGGCCCAUAACUGGGCUUUCAACCAAUAAUAACAAAUUGCCUGCAUUUCCCUGGGUGUGUCUGAUAGUAGGAGAAAUUAUCCACGGAAAUGGAAGAACUGAGAAGGCUGGAGCAAGUACAGAGAACAUUGGCAUUCAUGCAACCUCGUGGCUUUCUAUCAAACAAUCAAGAUUCCGAUCGUUUUUUAGCUAAUUUCAUUCUCCUAUUGGUACAACCUUGUGGAGAACUCAACUUUGACAACAAGUGCCGCUUGAUUUUACAGCACUUGCCAAGCCUUUCACCAUCAUUGCUUGAGGAAGCAUCACUGUGGCUUAGUGAGGGUGCCUCUCAACAAAAUUGUAUUCCAAGUGAUAUUCUAAAAGAGAGUGAGUGUGAUUUGCUGGCAAGUCAUUAUGAUGACAGAGCGAUGGUUGGACUUGAUGCUAUGCAGCGAGCAAAUUCUACGCUUGAGGAUUUUUGCAGAUCUUAUCUCAUGUUUCAUGGAAUGGAUGCUGGCAGUCCACAAGCAAUAUUCAAAUAUUUGCCGGUGUUGUCAUUCACAGAAAGUUAUAUAUAUCAGCUGGAUACUCUGAAUGAAAAAAUCCUUGAUGUGCCAACCAAUGGAAUUACUGGGGGAGCUGAGGAAAUAUAUCAUAAACAGGUUCCAAACUUAACAGAUGUGUUCAAAGCUGUUCCAUUCAAACCACUUAUUGGUAUGCUUGAACAUCAUGGCCUUUUGACAGAGAGGAUCAGAGAAGAAUUAAGAUUCGGAGAAGAGUAUUGGGCUCUAGAAAGAAAAUUAUGUUGGGCAUUGAUGAGCAGAAAGCAAGUAUCUAUUGAAAAUGUUAUGAGGGCAAUUCAUCUAAAAUCGUUUGAUUAUCGGGUGCUGAAUCUUUUGUUGUAUCAGUUAAGAGGAGAAAAGGUGAAUGACUUGCACAUGGAAUUUCUUUCAAUCUCAGAAUUUCUAGUAGAAAUAUCUGAUGAUCUGUUUGACUAUGAGGUUAGUUCAUUGAUUGACAAGGAUGAUGUUUUGGAGAAUAAUUUCAACAUUUUGCGGAUGUUUGUCAGAAUAUAUGGACCAUCAACAGGCCCAACCAUGCUAGCAAAAUGCAUCAGCAAGGCUGAAGAAAAGUACCAAGCUUUACUGAAAUCUUUAGACCUUGAACUAUCAAUUAACUACCAGAGAAGAUGCGAAGAAGCUGCUAAAGAAGGUGGGAUGAUAUCUGGACAUCCUUUUGGCACAUGGACUAUACCCCCUAUAAUUGCAGAUGAGGAAUCUUAUAGAUCCAACUCAAGUUUGAAAUGACUGGUUGUUCCUCUAAAUUGAUUCUUUGGAUGAUUAUGCAAUCAAGUUACUAUUUCUAAGAUGGCAAAGCUUCAAUAUUACAUCUGGAUUUAGUUUUGGGACAUCAAUUAUGUAUUUAGGUUUUGCUUAACAGUAUGUUAGAUGAAUGUGGCAAUAACUCAGGUAGGCAGAGUUAUUUAUGGAUGAAGAACAAAAAUGCAUCUUAUUGUCAAAGUAUUUUGUGGAGGGUUUUCAAUUUUCUUUGAAAA